AUGUUCCUCAAGUUUAUCUUAUCAAUGAAUAUUGUUUGGAAAUAUAUAAAAAAUAUUUUGAUGGACAUAGUUCAAGGUGUUUGCUCUAACAAGAGUCAAAUGGAGUUUGAGAUGGGACGUAUCAUAGGCUCUUGUAACGAACAUGAGGAAGACUCUAAUUCUCGCAAUGCCCAUAAGAAGUCAUAUCAUCGCCAUACAAACCACCAAAUAGCACAACUAGAAGGAUUUUUCAAGGAAUGCCCACACCCAGAUGAAAACCAGCGGCGUCUACUAGGGAGAGAGCUUGGUCUUGACCCUAAACAAGUUAAGUUCUGGUUUCAGAAUAAAAGGACCCAAACAAAGGCUCAGCAUGAGAGGGCGGAUAACAAUGUUCUUAGAGCAGAGAACGAAAGGAUCCAAUGUGAAAAUAUUGCGAUUCGAGAGGCACUCAGGAAUGUGAUCUGCCCUGCAUGUGGAGGCCCACCCUUUGGUCAGGAAGAACGUCAACACAGUUUGCAAAAACUGCAACUCGAAAAUGCUCAGUUGAAAGAGGAGCAUGAGAAGGUGUCGAACCUUCUAGCCAAGUACACGGGGAAACCAUUAUCAGAAAUAGAGAGGCUAACAAGUGGAAUCCCCAGUAGUGCUGAGUCCUCUUUUGACCUACAGCCACCUGCUUUAAGGCAAGGCUCAUCAAGUUCCCUAAACAUGGAAAAUGCCAAAAUGAACCAGUUCCAUAAUAAUCACCAUUUCAGAGGAAUCAUAGAGAUGGAAAGGGGACUUAUGGUGGAGACGGCAGCAGGUGCCAUGGAUGAACUAAUUAAGCUUAUCAGGAUUGAUCAGCCUUUGUGGACCAGGGCAUCAUCCUCUUCUGCCACCACGGAUCAUGGCGAUGGCCGCGGUUACACUCUUCACCGUGAUAGCUACAAUAAGAUAUUUCCCCAGAGAGACACUACUAAUCAUUUCCCAUGUCCCUCUUCUGCUCGAUUUGAAUCAUCGAAACACUCGGGAAUGGUGGCUAUGAAUGCUGCGCAAUUGGUUGAUAUCUUUCUAGAUUCCAAUAAAUGGGUAGAUCUAUUCACUACAAUUAUUACAAAAGCGAGGACAAUUGAGGUACUUGAGAAAGGAGACUCAGGAAACAGACAUGCAGCUUUGCAAAUGAUGUAUGAGCAAAUGCAUGUCCUUUCACCUCACGUGCCUUCAAGAGAAUUCUAUUUCCUUCGGCAUUGUCAGCAAUUUGAGGUUGGAAGUUGGGCGAUUGUUGAUGUUUCUUAUGAAAUUUCAAGGGAGAGUAACUCUUGUUCUCGGUGUUGGAAGUUUCCCUCUGGUUGCAUCAUACAAGACAUGUCUAAUGGCUGCUCCAAGGUUAGCUGGGUUGAACACGUACAAGUGGAUGAUAAAAUCCAAACUCAUCGGCUCUAUAGGGAUGUUGUUUGCAAUAACACUGCAUAUGGAGCCGAAAGAUGGAUUGUCUCAUUGGAAAGAAUGAUUGAAAGAUUCACUUAUUGUUCCAAAGUAAUAGAUAGUAAUGUUCCCGCUUUUCAUGAAUUCGGUGGAGUGAUAAGCUUAGCAGAAGGAAAGAAAAGCAUAACGAAACUUGGGCAUAGAAUGGUGAAAAGCUUUUGCGGGAUGCUGGGCAUGUCAGGGAAAAUGGAUUUUCCUCAUUUAUCGGAAGUCAACAAUAGUGGAGUAAGAGUCUCAGUUCGUAAGAGCACAGCGCCAGGUCAACCUUUUGGAAUCAUUGUCAGUGCCGCUACCUCUUUAUGGCUUCCUUUGCCGCACCUAACACUCUUUGAUUUCUUCACACAACACAAAUCCAGACUUCAGUGGGAUGUUCUCUCCAAUGGUCAUCCAAUACAUGAGAUUGCACACAUCCCAACUGGAGCAAAUCCCAAAAACUGCAUUUCUAUUUUACGGCCUUUCAUCCCAAGUGAGAACAGCAUUUUGAUGGUUCAAGAGAGCUACGUUGACGCUUUGGGAUCAUUUGUGAUAUAUGCACCAAUAGAUGUACCAACACUUAACAUAGCAAUAAGCGGCGAGAACUCCUCAAACAUACCAAUACUCCCCUCUGGAAUCAUAAUCUGCGGAGAUGGUCGUACAGAACACUCAUCAACAGGAACCGCAAAUGUUGAAGCUUUAACUUCCAAUUCUUCAAACACAACCAAUGCUUCGUCAUCAGUUGGUUCACUUCUCACUGUGGCUUUCCAAAUCCUGGUUUCGAAUCCCUUAUCUUCCAAACAGCUCAUCAACAUGGACUCUGUGGCCACUGUCAACACUCUUAUCAGUUCGACUGUUCAGAAGAUUAAAUCUUCACUUAGCUGCUCUACCCAAGAGUGAUGAAAACUACUUUUGAAACUUUUUUUCAUGUAUUAUGCUUUUCUAUCGUCUCAUUUUAUAUUUCAAUCUUUCAAGCGUGAACUGUUAGUUAAAUUCGCUUUCUUUUACAAAACUGGCGAUGGCAUAUUUGGUCUUUGAUAUUGUGUAACUUGUUACAAUUUGUUUCCUCAUGUUUUUUAUUUUAGAAUCCUUUAAUUUCUAUUUUUUUGCCACAACACCUAAAUAAAUAACGUGAUGUAAGCAGCUGCUUAGUUUUUUUUUUUUGGGACAUUAAGAGAGAAGGAGGAUUCAAACUAUUUUAGACUUCCUCUUUGU